AUGCUGGUUGGUGCGUCAGAUGCUCUCAGAGUGAUGUUGGAAGCUGCGUCUCUACCCAGCUGCACUCUACUUGUGUUGACUGACGCAGCUGACUCUUUCAUAUCGCUCCUGCAGGUGAAGGAGGUGGGAUGCUCUUGGUCUGUGUGGAGGGUGUUUGGGGUGGUCAAUACCUCCCUUCCACACCUCCUCACCUCCAUCAAGCAGGUGCGUCGGUCUUCAUGGUCAGUGACUGUGGUGGUAGCCAGCCACGACACGACCUUCCUCAGCAGUGUGGCUGUGGAGGCUCGACGUGUGCGUCUCCUGGUGUGGGAGACACAGGUGGUGGUGGUGAGCAGUUUGCCUCAGCCUCAGGUUGAAGCUCUCCUUCAGCGUCACUGGACCUUCUCCAUGAUGAACACUGUGCUUAUCAACCUGCGACAGGCUCAGGGGGGCGUCAGGUGGGAGGCGUGCAGCAACCAGCCGUACAGCAGCGAGGGUCCCAAAGUAUCGUGCAGGUUGCUGUGGUCUUCCAUUACCAGCUUCGACAACACCUCUGUCAGCGUCUUCCAGGAGAAGUAUGCUAACUUCCAUGGUGCACGUAUAGUGGUGACAGCUCAGAUCCUGCCUCCCUUCUGGAAGAUAGUGAGUGUUGAUGCAGGGGACAGAUCACCCAGGUACACUGGUAGGGACUACCUCAUGAUGCACUCUGUGGCUACAGCACUCAACUUCACCUUCCACGUCCGCCGCUGCUCCAGUAUAGACGAGGUGAUGGAGAAGUUAGAGGAUGGUACUGCGCAGAUCUCUGGCUUCCGUGUGAUGCUCAUUCCACAGAUCCUGGCCCGGGUGGACCACACCUACUUCAUCGAGCGGUCCACCUACACCUUCAGUAUGGCUAAACCAACCGCCAAGCCUCGCUGGCAGAACAUUUACCACCCACUUAGUGGGCAAGUGUGGACAACCAUGAUAGUCGCUCUGCUACUCGUGCCGGGAUUCCUGUACAUGAUUGUGUACGUGAGUGGCGACCAGGUGGUGAGACGGAACCUGGACCCGUGUUCCAUGACACUGAGUGUGGUGAGCAUCCUGCUGGGGCAGGAUGCUGGCAUGGUUUUUCCCAACGUGGUAUCGGCACGCCUCCUGUUGGCAUUGUGGCUCGUGCUGGCCUUCAUCCUGGGCACGGCCUACCGUGGCACCCUCACAGCCUUCCUCACAGUGCCAGCCUACCCUUCCCGCCCGGAGACUAUUGAUGAACUGGCCGGCACUGGCGUCAGGUGCAAGUUCACUUCGAACGCCACACAGUUCGUGAAGUACUUUCAAGAGUCGAAGCUGCAGUCGUACCAGAGUGUGGGCAGCAGAGCUGACGUCGUGGAGACAGUCCUAGCUGGUCUACAGGCCAUCACCAAGACCAGGGUUGCUUUCUUCCACGAGCGCUACAACAUGGAGCUCUACAUCGCUGAGUACUUCACUAGACCUGACGGCUCUACACCCAUCUAUGUUGCCAAGGAGAACGUCAUCCCUAACUACGCUGCCUACAUGACUCCCCACGACGCUCCCUACAAGCAUUCACUCGACUAUUGGCUCCUACGGAUCAUUGAGAGUGGACUGAAGAAUAAAUUUUCUGAUGAUAUGCAACGCGGCACCUGGCAAGAGAUCCGUCAAAGGAAAGCGCAGCUGGAGCAACAGCAACAGCAGCAGCAGCUUGAGAACAGCAACAUUAUGGAUUCUGAAGACAGUCUGCAGGCUCUCGGUCUCACCCACAUGCAAGGCUCUUUCUGGAUGCUACUACUGGGCCUACUCCUGGCCAGUACUUCCUUCCUGAUUGAGGUGUUGGUGAGAGGACCUCUACACUCUCCCUCACUGUGA